ACGUAACCUAAAGAUAAAUGUCACUAUUACUUUUGGCUUAUCUUAGAAGUAGAUCGCUAUUUUGUAAAUAUUCCAAACUCUUGGUAACAGGAAUUGGAUGAAUUGGCAAGUUUUGGAUUUUAAGAUACCGAUAAGAUGAGCAAGAGUGUUUUGGACGAAAUUUGCACCCUUUUGGAGACUUAUAAAGGUCGAGAUAAGGUUUUAAGAACAAUAUGUUACAGUACAAAGCUUAUUGGUGGGCUUUCAAAAGAUCCAAUACUACAAAAACGUAUGCAGGUGGUUAGUUCGCAAAUGAGUCAAACAAGGCUUAUUUUAAGACUUUUGGAUGAUUUACCUAUGUUACAAUAUACUUUGGAGUAUGGAUUAGGAAAAGGGGAAAAUGAUAAUUUGAUGGCUUCACUUGGGGUUGUAACGAAUAUAAUUGAUACUAUUUAUUACCCAAUUGAAAAGAUUGGAUGGUUAGCUGAAAAUAAUUUAAUAUCGGGGUAUAAAACUGAACCCUGGGAUACUUUAAGUUCUGUUUUUUGGGCUGCAAGUAUUUAUUUAAAUUUAAUGCGAACAUUGCGAUACAUCACGAUUUUACGACAACAUAAGAGUUGUAUGAAAGGAUCAGUGGAACAGGAAACAAUGAAGAAUUUGUUAGCUCGGCAAAACUUUGAAAUAAUAACAUGUUUUAGACUUACUUUAGAUUUUAUACAUGCUGUAAAUACAUUACCUCCAGGAUUCUUAUGGUCUUCUAAAUUAAAGACGUGGCAAGUUGGUUUUAUUGCUACAAUAUCUUCUUUCGUAGGAUUAUAUCAAAUUUUCGCUAGAAGAAGUUUUAAAUAAAUAACAUUUUUAAAUAUGA